AAAGAAUUUUACAGAAUUCAGUGUAUCGAAAUAUCAUAUAAAAAGUGUCGAUAUAUUUCGAUUGUUUUAUAAUUUUUCAUAUUUAUAGAGACUAUGCUUAAAUCGAACACUCUGAAAUUCUUUUUGCAUUAAUUCAUUCAUAAUCAUUAAAUAGUCUUAGUCUCAUUCGUCAUAACAUUUGACUACUAUUUGUGUCAUCCAGACAAACUUGGUGGAUAUAAAAUGAACGUAAACAGUUACUUAUCACCUCGUCUAAUGGUCGGGGCCGCUAUAGUGGGGCUCGUAGGCGCUGCUGGCGUAUUUAUUUACGAACAGGUGUACGCCGAGAAGAGGAGAGCCAUGUUGGUUAGUGAAGUUGCACGAUUGGACAGACAAGUAGCCUCAAUGAGAUCUGAGCUAGAAGCACUGAGAGAGUUACAGAAAGAAACAAACCUUCGCCGAGCCCGACAGAAGCCUAGAGUGAGACGUGAGGCGCCGGCACUAGCAGCGCCCGCAGGCGACGCCACCGACUCUGAGUACUUUACCGACUGCCAGUCCUUAGUGGGUACAGACAUAGAAAUGGACAGCGAGGAGUUCUACGACGUGCCUUCAGACGAGGAAGACGACACGCUGCGAGAGCCGCUACACAACGGCCACGCGGCUUUACCUGCCGAUCAGUUCUCUUUCAGAACUCGUCAAACUCCGAUGUACCGGAGAAGGACGGCAGCACGUAGCUGAAGACGGCACGCACUUGUAUCCGUACAUACACACGUCACACUGGGUUAUAGCUGGGUGCGGGUAGAUGUAGGUUUUAGGGUCUUAGUAGCUAAUGUAUAUCUGUAUGUAUCUCGUUAAUUAUUUCACAUACGGAUUUGUAGUUAAGGUUUUUGAAUAAUGGAUACCGGAGUCACAAUGUGCUAAGCUGUAUGUUUGUUUUAAUAAUUUACUGCACAAAUAGAUGCAAUUUAAUGCCUACCUUUUUUGGUAGUCAGAUAAGAGUGUAGAUAAAAAUAGAUUUGAAUAAAAAGUAGUAACUAAACAAAAAAAUAUUUGAAAAGAAAAUUAUUUGCUUUAGACCGCGUGAGGGAAGUAAAACUUCUUUCGCUCUCUCUCUGAACAUCUGUUCGCCUCG